AUGAAAGAUCCCGUGCCAAAAUUAGAAUUAGCUUCUAUGGAAUUCACGGUGCUUAGUAUUACACAGACUCGUCUCAGUGCAAAGUGGGAUUUGUCCAUAAGGAUCCCUGACGAUCUUCCUGGUGAGUAUAUAUACCCUCAAGGAGAUUUUCAAGCUUCAUUUCUCUACAAGAAUGUUACUCUUGUUACAUCAUCUCCACAAAAAUACUACGAUCUCAAAUACGGCUUGCCUGUCCUUCUAAAAGUUUCAGCCGUUGUCUCCGGGGAAGAUAUGGGCGGUUCCAUUGGAAAAUAUAUUAUGGAAGAUGUUAAAGAGAAGAAGCAAGUGCAGUUUGGAUUACUCUUUUUUCUUACGGAUUGCAGAAAAAAGACGUCGGGAGUUAUGAGUUAUAAGUGCCAUGAGGCUACAUUGAUGUUCGAACCCGGAUCCGAUAUGAAGGCGUCUGUGUUUGGGAAGCAUCCAAGCUGCAUUAAUUUCUGA